AUGAGGAAACCAGAAUCUGCAUCGUCCGGUAAAAACAACACAAAUAAUAAUAAGCUUAGAAAAGGGUUGUGGUCACCGGAGGAAGAUGAGAAACUUAUGAACUACAUGUUGAAUAGUGGACAAGGUUGUUGGAGUGAUGUUGCUAGAAAUGCUGGGUUGCAAAGAUGUGGAAAAAGUUGUAGGCUAAGAUGGAUUAAUUACUUGAGACCUGAUCUUAAACGGGGUGCAUUUUCACAACAAGAAGAAGAACUUAUCAUCCAUUUGCAUUCUCUUCUUGGAAACAGAUGGUCUCAAAUAGCGGCGCGCUUACCAGGAAGAACGGACAACGAAAUCAAGAACUUUUGGAACUCAACGAUAAAGAAAAGACUCAAGAACAUGUCAUCGAACACUUCGCCGAACCCUAGCGACGAAUCCUCGUAUGACCCUAGCAAAGAUCAUAACAACAUGGGAGGUUUCAUAACAUCUUCAACACAAGAUCAACACAUCGAUAAUAACCAUUUCAUGCCUAUGUUCAAUACUUCAUCACCACCAUCAAUGCAAAACACAGUUUUCAACACCAUCAUCUCAGCUUCUUCCGGUGGUGGCGGAUUCUUCAAUAACAACACUACAGGUUCAUACUUCUCACAGAAUAAUCAUGACGGAAAAAACACUUUUUAUUUGGAAAAAGUGUUCGGGAGUGUAAAUAUUAAUGGUGAUGAUGAAAUGGGAAUUUACAACGUUCCUCCUCUAGAGAGUGUUAAUAGUACUAUCACUUAUGAUGAACAUAGUAUAAAAAUGGAGAAGAACAUUGCAUUCAAAGGAGAAGAAAAUUAUAACAAUGGUAGCUAUAACUUUGAUGACAUUAACAAUAUUGUUAAUGUUAGUAAGAGAAUUGAUGAUAAAAAUAGAGGCGAAGAUGAGGUGGAGAAUUUGUUUCAGGGAGAUUUAUCUGUGGGAGAUUGGGACUUGGAGGAUUUGAUGAAAGAUGUUUCAUCUUUUCCAUUUCUGGAUUUUUCAAACUGA